AGAGAGUAAAGCAGCUCGGACAAUACCUCUCUCUCUCUCUGCCCCCCCCCUCCGCACGCCAUGACCAGCUCUUCCGGUCCUUCACGCAAGGCGUUAAGCAAGAUCGCGUGCAAUAGGUUGCAGAAAGAAUUAGCGGAGUGGCAAGUGAAUCCUCCCACUGGAUUUAAGCACAAAGUCACCGAUAAUCUUCAAAGAUGGACAAUCGAAGUUACUGGAGCACCGGGGACGUUGUAUACGAACGAAACUUAUCAGCUUCAAGUUGAUUUUCCAGAACAUUACCCCAUGGAAGCGCCUCAGGUGGUUUUUGUUCCUCCAGCGCCGCUGCAUCCUCAUAUUUACAGCAAUGGCCAUAUUUGUUUAGAUAUUCUCUAUGACUCGUGGUCACCAGCAAUGACGGUGAGUUCAGUCUGUAUCAGCAUUCUCUCCAUGCUCUCGAGCUCACCCGCAAAGCAACGCCCGGCGGAUAAUGACCGCUACGUUAGGAACUGCAAAAACGGGAGGUCCCCGAAGGAGACAAGGUGGUGGUUUCACGACGACAAGGUGUAGCAACUUCGGGAUUAUGGCGAAUUCUGCAUAACAGUGAAGGUUUUAUAUAUAUAUACACUCUUCCGUACCCGAAAACGUCAAGAAAAAUAACUGAAUCGACUUUCCCUUUGUUCGUGCCGAUAGUGUAAAGACUCGUGAAAAAAUUGAUCAGUGUGAACAUACCUAAAUAAUUUUUGGAUUUUCGCACCCUUUGAUUGAUCCA